AUGGAGGUCACUGCUCGAUGUGCUGCUGUGCUCUUCCUCCUGCUUCUGUCGCAGGCUCUGAUAAGUGUUCACACUCAGGAGGAGGAGGGGGAGGGCGUCCCAGAGGAGGAUCUGCAGGAGGAGGACCAGCAGGUCAUCGAGACAUGGACCAGGAAGGUAAAAGCCUGCACCUGCGACUGUGAGUCACCUGAGGCACCAACAAGCAUCCCACCUGUGCUGCAGGCCUCCCCACCGCCACAGGAGCCUCAGGGGUUCACUCUGGACUGCAUGCCAGAGUGUCCGUACCACACAGCCCUCGGCUUUGAAUCUGGAGCUGUGACAUCAGACCAGAUCACCUGCUCCAACCAGGACCAGCUCACCGGGUGGUACUCCUCCUGGACCCCCAACAAGGCUCGUCUCAACAACCAAGGUUUUGGGUGUGCAUGGCUGUCUAAGUUUAAUGACCAGUACCAGUGGAUCCAGAUCGAUCUGAAGGAGGUGCGCGUGGUGUCAGGGUUGCUGACUCAGGGCCGCUGUGAUGCUGAUGAGUGGAUCACUAAAUACAGCGUUCAGUACCGCAGUGUGGAAUCACUCAACUGGAUCUAUUACAAAGACCAGACAGGGAACAACAGGGUCUUCUAUGGGAACGCUGACCGCGUCUCCACGGUCCAGAACGUCCUCCGCCCGCCCAUCGUCGCUCGAUACAUCCGCCUGCUGCCUCUGGGCUGGCACACCCGCAUCGCCGUGAGGAUGGAGCUGCUGAUGUGCAUGAACAAGUGCAGCUGAAGAGAGAAAACAGCCUUCUGAUCUCAGUCCAGUGCUUAUUUGUCAGCCUGCAAGCUGCUUGCCAAACAGACGGCGCCUAUGCAGCACUGAAAGAUCCAUCCUGAAAGUUUUUACCUUCUACAUGUCCAAUAAGUCUGAGCAGGAGGAGACCACUCAAGCCCUUUGGUGCAGCAUUUAUGUCUUAAAGUCUGUAAAAAGUUUCUGUGUUACUCUAAAUAUGAAUACAAGAUACAGUUCAGAGUAAAUGAAAGAUAAUACAAGCGUUACUGUCUCUGAAAACAAGAAUAAAAAGAUUGCACAUGUUA